CGAACGAAGAGUCAUGAGAUAGUAUCUUUAAGAAGCAGAAUAAUGCAAGACCUUAUGCUCGCUGUUAUGAAACAGUCCCUGCUCGCUUGUCAUUAAUUUCUUGUUGAAUCUCACUUGAGUCCCCAGCCAUCUGCCAAACGACCACGUAAAUUCCUGUGGCUGGCGCCCUGUCCACCCUCGAGUCCGUCAACGCUUGCACUCCACCUUUCAUUCUAUUUCGAUUCCUUUGCACAACAAUCAAACAACCCGACAGCCUGCGUUCAAUUGUUUGGAAGGUUUCACAGAAAACCGAACCAUCCGACGCCUCAAACUUCCACGAACCGAACCCAUGGAGUCUUGAGAACUCAACCUUGACUUGAGUACCGCAGGCUCGAAUGCCGCAGUCCUAGCCUUCACCCCCGCGUGCGACAGGCAUCGACUACAGGAUACAACUCAGGCUGUUGAGCCCGUCGCUCCCGACCAACAUGGCGACAAAGUCCAGAGGACUGAAUGCUGCUCACACAGCCGGCAUCUUUGCCGACAUGACCCUCGACGGUCCAGACAUCGGUACCCUUGUGGCAGUCGUCGACCGAGCCAAAAACCUCCCGAACAGGAAAACAAUGGGUAAACAAGAUCCGUAUUGCGCCAUGCGUCUGGGAAAAGAGGCCAAAAAGACAAAUACCGACAGAAGAGGUGGACAAACACCGAAAUGGGAUCAAGAACUUCGAUUCCUCGUCCACGACUCCCCCGACUACUACAAACUCAAAUGCUCAAUCUUCAACGACGACAAGAAGACCGACAUGAUUGGUGAAGCCUGGAUAGAUCUGCGGGAAGUUAUCGUUCCUGGAGGAGGACAAAACGACCUGUGGCAUCAGUUGAACUUCAAAGGGAAAUAUGCUGGCGAUGUCCGGAUCGAGUUGACAUACUAUGACACAAGACCUCGGCCAGAGGUCUCUGAAAGAAUGAAGCAGAGAGAGAAAUCCCGCUCCAGUGUCGGUGACCCUACAAGCAACUCCCUAGGGUCGCGACAACUCGGACCCAGGGAGAUCAAAAGAAGACCUCUUCCUCCGGGACCAGGCGGCUACUCGGCGCCAGUGUCAGCAUCUUAUACACCCGAGCGUAUUCCUUCAGAGGAAUUCCGCGAGUUCUGGGACGAUCAGAUCCAGAUUCCGCCGCGACCACCGAAGCAACGAAUGCCGGAAACGCCAGAUGAUGUGGGUUACGGCCUGCCAACCCAUGACCUGCAUGAUAUCUAUGAUCUCUCACCUCCGCCAGAACUACCCUACGACCGGCGACGUCCCUCGUACGAUUCCUAUAACCAGCACGGAAGACAAUCCUCCCCACAUGACAGCUUCCUAUAUAAUGCCCCAGACCCAUACGAACAACGACCGCUGCCUCCAACACAAACACAGUCAUCCCCAGCAUACCUCCCCCAGGUUAAACAUGUGAAUGAAGCGCAACAGAUACCCAGUCCUCAUUCGCCCCAUGAUGCAGUCGACCAGACGCAGUACCAAUCCUCACCACCUCCCAGAACAACCCCUCAAGCGACCCCCCCUCGACCGGCACAGACACAGACUUGGCAAGGUCGGACCAGCACGUCGCCAACGAAACACGCAGUAUACAGAGAUAGUCCUCUCCGGCACUCUAUUAGCCAGCAUGAUAUGCUUCCACCAGCACAGAGCAUACCCGAUGCAAGAUUCGACGAGGAUGUUCCUCCUCCGCCACCCGCUCAUCGCGCUUCCAUUCCUCGGGCGCCUAUGCCGUCAGCGUCACCUAAUCAAAGUCCGUACGGGCUGGUGGCGCCACGCACGCCUGUGAAAUACGGCUCUAUAGAGGACAGGAGCCCUCUUCAAAGGCUCGAACGAGAAUAUGAUUCGUCUCAGCUAUCUUCGCCACCCUCUCAGAAUUUACAGCGUCAAUCUCCUUCCACGCAUUUUCACGAAAACCCCUUGUCCAGUCCGUCCGAAUUUGCGCAAAGUGGAGGACAAGCUCUUUAUAGCGCUUUUAGCGACAAUAUGGCACAAGCGACGCCUUCUUCUUCCAGGUUCACCAGGCAAUCUUUUGGCCAUGCACAAGCCGGAGCCGAGACUGCUCAAUGGCCGUAUGGAGGCUUACGAGAAGACUCUGGCCCUUCGCCAGGCUAUGCGCCACCACGAAGAGCACAAACCUUUGAUGACUACGGCUCCAGUGAGAGACAAAUACGCAACUCCGACCCAGUGAUUGUUCGACCACGAGCCAUCAGUCCCAAUCCCUCACACAGCAUACCGCGCAAAUCUGUAACUCCCAGCCCCAUCACGCCAGACAGUCAAAGACGUCUCAGUGAGAUCCCAUAUAGUCCAGAUUCGUACGACAUGCUGAACCCUGGGACGAGUCCUACGGGUGAACUUGGAUCUUAUGUUACGCCAGAAGCGGCCAAAGAGGCGUCUCGGCAGAGAGAGGUCGACAGACUACGGGAACAGGGUCCAAUCAUCGGCAACGAUGGUAGAGUCAUUGAUCCCUCCGAUCACUUGCCUGCAGACACAUGGGCGCCUGAGCCGGAGCGCAAGAACAGGAAGCCAGAACAUGUCAUCAAGAUUCGCACACGGGAAGAGGUUAGAAUGAAGCAUGGUGGAGGCUCUUCUCCAGUCUCUGCACGACCAAGCUCUAUGCCAAUCUCGCCCUACCAUGCCUCCUCCACCGUGGCAAUGUCUUCACCAUAUCAGGCUUCACCAUCUGUAAGCGCAAUGCCAUCAUCGCCGCAGGCAGACCCGGGAAGUGGGAGAAACAGGUUGAGAAAACCCAUGCCCAGUCGUCCGUUACCAGUACAACCAUACCCUCACGCUCAAACCAGUCCCGCCAUAAUGACAGCUCCUCAAGACGAUAUCCGACCAAGUCCAUCGAGUCAGCAGCGGUAUACCAUCGGUUCCCCUGCUGCUAGUGGGCCCCCACAACGCCAACCAUUGGCAGAGUACCAAUCGCCAGCCGUGGACGAUUACAUUCCGUAUAGGCAAACUUACCAGACGACACCAACCAAGCCACCGAUCCACACCCCAGGCUAUCCUGCAGAUCAUGGAUAUGGUGUCGAAAAUUCGCUCGCGCAUGAGUUGAGUACAAUCGACAUUGGCCCGUCGAGAGUGGGCAGGACGGCAGUGCGCCCGGCUCGUGGAUAUCCCGCGUAUUGAGACGGCGUUUUGUGAUAGUACAUGCAUUUUCCGGAGUUGGUGAGGCUGGCGUCUGGGCCCGAAAUAUGUUGUUAUAUGAUCCAUAGAAUGGUGCAUGCACGUAGCGCACUUGGAUGUACAUGAUUCGCAGGAUGCGACAGGGAGGGCGGCCCUCCAUGAAUAUAAUACUCGAAAGAGUUCAUUCACCAUCUUCAUCAUGUGCUUUUCUGAUUCUGAUAGGCCCUCUGACAUCUUCAAGCCCGUGUUCUGGUGGGAUCAAUUCUCCUCUCUGAAGGAUCUCUACUUCCCCAUUGCUACGAGCUUCAAACGCCAUCUCGCGCAGUUGAGGCAUCAAUUCGCGCCAACUGGAGACUCCGAGUUCA